GUGGGCUGUGAUCUAAGAUCUCACUCACCUGUCUUUGGCUCGGCUCGGGUGGAAUGGUUUGCCAAUGUGUCUAAUGUUUUGGGUGGACUACCCAGUGCAGGUUGCACAGGUCAAGGAGUAAAAUAUGAAAAGUAUAAAGAUGUUAUGUGCAGAAAGGGUCCGCCCACACGGGUCUCGAUCUCUCAGGACCUCUCCUCGACCUGUCUGUGUCCUGUGUCUAACGGCGCUGUCACGUGGACCAAUAUAUUCGGGAUAACUCUGCACGGACUGCCGAACGCACACAGUCGCGGCUCUCACAAAAUUUGCCGAUGAACCGACAGAAAGUUUUGACCUGUGACCUCGAUCUGUGACGUCAACAUGACAAGGAAUGUCCUGAGGAGGAAGCCGCCCUCGGCCAUCACCUGCCACCAUGGAUGUGUUCACAGCAGCUCGCAGAUGCCGGUGUGCGCGCAUGCGUACGUGCGCGAGGAUGUUAAAUAUCGCAGACGUAGGCAGCAUUCACACCUGGCGCACCGGUCGGUCCCCCCCGACACACACACACCCAGGUAUCGCACUGCUGUUGGUGUGGCAGUGGGCAGUGUCGUGGUGUCGUGGUGUCGUGGAGUCGUCUCGUGGUGUCGUCUCGUGGUGGAGAAGUCUGGGAAAUGUGCGCUGGAGCUGUGGAGAGCUUGGAGUCCACAUCAACGACCUCGGACAUGAGAUCCGUCGCUCUGGGAAACAGCGGGCUGCCGAGAUGUGCGUCACAUAAGUGACAGACAUUGCUAGUUGUCCACCUGUGUGUGUCACACACUACACACCACCCACUACCUGCUGUAGUUGCACACUCCACUGACGACCUCCUCUAACCAUCUCGGGCAGCUUUAUCCCUGCCGCUGUUGCCAUGGCGAUUGUAGAGUCCGGAGUGGUGGUCUGCCCGCCCAAGGCGCAGGUGAACAAGGCUUCCAUCGAGCGCCAGUGCUUCUACCAGAUCAAGUUGGUGAGGGAAAAACAGACCAAAAAAUUCUACCUGCGCUUCCUGCCGGAACUCGUCUUUUUCUUGUACGCAGCUGGCAAGAACCUGGUGGACAUCACCCUCAAGCCCUUCAUAGUGAGGUCAACUUGUCUGACCCUUAACCUUCACAACAGUACAGUCUGUCAUCAUCUGGCGAUGUUUCCUGAGGCUGAGGACCUGGUGCAGAAGCGCGCCGCCAUGUUUCUGAUGGUCAACCAGCUGCUGGUGUACGGCCCGGCGGUGGUGCAGGGGGUCAUCUGUGGCGAGUGGAGUGACCGCAACGGCCGCAAGCUGCCCAUGAUGACCCCCAGUCUCGGCAUCAUCAUCGCCGCCCUCUUCUACGUCAGCAGCCCCUUCUGUCCCCAGUACGCCAACUACUGCAUCCUGGCCGGCUCCAUGUUCCAGGGCUUUUUCGGCAAGAGCGCCGUCUUCACGAUGGCGCUGUACAGCUACGUGUCGGAGACAACUCACGAGAAGACUCGCACCGCCAAGUUUACCUCCCUUCUGGCCUUCAAGUACCUGGGCUGCUUCAUGGGGGCGCUGUCCUCCGGCGUCAUCCUCCAGUUCAGCAACUGCGCAUGCGCCUUCAGCGCUGGCGUCAUCCUGCACGCCGCGUGCGUCAUCGUCAUCUACAUCUGUGUCAUCGACAACGUGGCCAAGCGACAGAAGCUGCUGCUGCAGAAGAAGGGGCGGACCUGCUUCACCGUCUUCCUCACUUCCGGCUCCGUGCUCUUCCGACAGCGGCCUAGCAACGGUCGCAUCGCCGUCAUCUGCAUCUUUCUCAUCUCGCUGGCCUUCCAGGCCUGCCAGACCGGCCAUCAGGAGAACGUGGUGCUGCUGGUCAACCGCGCCCCCCUCAGCUGGCCGCCCUCCCUCUACAGCUUUCUCGUCAGCUUCAGCGACCUGGCCACUGGCACCAGCCUCAUCGUCAUCGCCCCUGUCCUCAUGAAUUGCUGCGAGGCGCGGGACCACCUGGUGCUGGGCGCGUCACUGGUGUGCAUCACGCUGCGGGGCAUCGUCACCGGCAUGGCGACUCACACCUGGAUGAUGUUCGUGGCGGUGGGGGUGGGCGCGUUCGGCGGCAUCGCGUCGUCGGUGCUGAAGUCGAUGGCGUCCAAGUGCGUGGAGCUGGAGGAGCAGGGCCAGACCUUCGCGCUCUUCUCCGGCACCGAGACCCUGGCCAAGAUCGUGGGCAGCGUGGGCUUCACCCUCGUCUACUCGCUGACGUGCGACCUCUUCCCAGGAUUCCUCUUCCUCUUCAUGGCCGGCCUGUCGGCGGCCUCCAUCUUGCUGGUCGCCAUCGUGCACAGGUGCAGAGCCAGCCGCCGCGCCAGCCUCGUGGAGAACUUCAGCGAGCAGAUAGAAGAGACUUAAACACUUCAAAAACGAGUUGAAAACGCCUUCAGCUGACUGUGGUCACGUGGUCCGACAUUUGUAGGGCAGGACGCGCAUCGGAUGUUCACCGUAAAGACUCGUCUUGUUGCAACCAAAGCAGUUUUCUCCAGGAGUUUCUGGGAAGAAAAAUGUUUUCUGAAGCUGAAGAACUCAAUCAGCGGUGUGAAGACCUCGCCACUCACAAUGUGAACGUCUCAGUGACCUCGCCACUCACAAUGUGAACGUCACAAACAGUGACCUUGAACUACGACUUGACCCGCUGCAGCAUGGUUUACUCUGGGUUGAGAACGAGACAGAGACAGAGACAGAGAUGGCGGUCAUCCAUGCUGCAGGCUCUCCUCACAAUUAGACAAGGUUGUCCUUAUCUUGUCGACCGCUAGCAUCAACCUACCUCGACCAUCAUCAUCAUCAUCAUCAUCAUCAAUCAUCAAUCAUCAUCAUCAUCAUCAUCAUCUAAUGUUAUUGCUCUUACUUAUGAGGUCUUUAUCUCCUCCCUAAGGUGACUAGACUUCCCAUUAACUGUGAUACACUCGUUAAUUUAUGCAGGUUAUGCUGAAGACAUUGUGAUCUAUGACCUGUGACAUGACCUAUGACCUCGGUGUGUUGUGUCAUUCCGGUAGAAGUCGCCGAGUGGAGACUGGAGGCGAAGGACAUCAGACAGCUUUAGCUUUACCUUAGUUUAGUAAACAUUUACAGGUGUUGGCGGAUGUCAAGGUGGGGGUCGCUGGUGUGUAACACAAAGCUUAUUAUAUUUUAUGUCAUGUCAUGUCAUGUCAUGUUAUGUUAUGUUAUGCUAUGCUAUGCUAUGUCAUGUCAUGUCAUGUCAUGUUAUGCUAUGUCAUGUCAUGCCAUGUUAUGCUAUGCUAUG